AUUUUGCAUCUCUCUUUCGCCUUCUUUUUCCUUCUUGUCUAUUUUCCCUCUUUCCUUCCUGUAGCCCGUCGAUCCUCUCGGUCCCUGGUCCCGAACUCUAAACCCUAGUGCAUAUCCAACACAUAAUCACUCGUAUACUUUACAACAUUUGUUGUUCCAGGACACCCUCACUUUUAAUACACAGACUUCAUUUGUCCCAACCUCAAACCUGUCUUCGCCACAGAGACAAUUUAAUUCAAUUCUCUUAGUAUUUACCGGAAUAUAAUCUCAGCCUCUGUAGCCACCAUGACCAACAGUAACACCAGCCAUCACACCCAGCAACUCACCGAGGACAUGACGACACUUGCAGAAGAAGUAGCCAUUUCAGAACAAGGAAAGCAACUUCGAGAAAACUUGGUAACUCGCGUGCAGGGUAUCCUCAAUACAGAAUGGCCAAAGGAAACCAAGAUUGAGAUCUUUGGCUCAUUCGCAUCAGGACUCGCAACCGAUUCCAGUGAUCUUGACUUGGUAAUUCUUCCUGCUUUGCAUGAUCAAGGCCAGGAUUUGACAACGCCUGGUCGGUUCCAGGAUUUGUUUGUCUUGAAGACCCUAUUCCAGCGCUACAGCAUGAAGGACGUUGAAGUGAUUCAAGGGGCACGGGUCCCUAUCCUGAAGUUUACGGAUCACAAGACGGCCAUCAGGGUAGAUGUUAAUUAUGGCCAAUAUACCGGUCUCUAUAAUACUCGAUUGAUUGAAUCCUACGUCCGAAUCGAUGAACGCGUCAAGACAUUCCUUUAUGUCCUCAAGGCCUUCGUCAAGGCACGCGGAAUCAAUGAGCCAGCCUUGGGAUCGCUUAGUAGUUAUUGUUACAUCCUUAUGGCCAUCUCUUACUUUCAGACCCUUCUCAUCCCUGUUCUUCCCUCUUUGCAGGACCCACACUUGAUCCCCCAUACUGUGCCCAAUCCAGGACCCUAUGGAUCAAUACAGAUGGUCAAUGUAGCUUUCACAGACCCAUCGAGAAUUCGGCCAUGUAUUCCACGGAAUAGCAUGACGCUUGGAGAGUUGUUCUUGGGAUUUCUGGAAUAUUAUGGAAGUAAAUUUGAGUAUACAAAGUCAUGUGUGAGCAUCCGGUGUGGUGGGGUUGUCCCUCGAGAGGAAGUUCCCUCUAGCUGGGCACGACACGCAUUUGUGGUGGAGGAUCCAUUUAUCCUUGACUUUAAUGCCGCAGGUGCCAGGCAAGAUAUGAUGAACGUCAUCCGACAUGAAUUCCAAGCUGCAGUACAGGCCUUAAAGGACGGUCGUGGGUUAGGUGCGAUCCUCACUACACGGCAGCCGUACAAGUUUUAAUAAGCAGUUCAAGGAUGGAAAGCUUAGCCAUAUGACACGCAGCCAUAUGCACGCAGGCGUG